GGAAUAAAGCAACACAGACUUAGAAAAGGUUAUUUUUAUAUCUGCUGAGCAGCGGAACCGGAAGAGGAAAACGCAUGGAUUAGUGUGUUUACAUCUCAUACCACCCUGGGUGCACCCGGCCGGCAUCACCCCGCUGUCCAAAAUAGACCCAUGCAAUUUAUUUUUUUAGGCUGGUGCUGCCUAGGACAUAAUACAGGCCUGUUUCACUCUCUUGCUGAGGAAUAGGGUUGUUGUUUUUUCUAUUAUUGCGGACUAACUGUGUGAUAUCUGUCGCAGCGUCGGGCCACCCACCAUCUGUGGAAGUGGGACAAGGGAACAGAUGGCGCAUCGGAGCCGGCCUGCAGGGCUGCUGACGGUUAGGACAGCACUCAAGAUGAGUAUCAUUCAUUAAAAUAAAAGGCCGUCGUUGGCUAUUGCGCGGUAUAUUUUGCGGACUUGGCGAUGUCACAGUGACUUGGAUCAGAGUGUUUGACAGGAAGCAUUGCAGAUUGACCAGAUUGAUGCGCGGAGACUCGACCACUGGCAUCAACUUAAUCCCUUUUGACGUGUUUGUGGAUCGGUGAACAAUGGUUGAUAACCGCUACGCUACAGCUCUGGUCAUCGCCUGUGUGCUGAGCAUACUGGCCACUGUGUAUCUGUCGGUGGCCAUUGGGACGCAGCACUGGUACCAGUACAGCAGCCCCACCGUGCGCGGAGAGGCCAACGUGUCCGAGCUGCGCUCCCUGUAUGAGGAGUUCAUGGAUGGGGAGUUUGAUGAGAAAACCUACAGCGACACCCUGUUCCGCCUCAACGGGACCGUGGGCCUCUGGUGGCGGUGUGUGCUCGCUCCUGCCAACGCUCAGUGGUACAAAGAGCCAGAUGCCAAGAUGAUGCUGGAGUGUCGAAGCUUCACACUACCUGAGCAGUUCACUCCCAAGUAUAAAGAACCAGGCAAUCACAACAGUGGAGAGGACAUGCUGCGCACCUACUUGUGGAGGUGCCAGUUCCUGCUGCCUCUGGUGUCGUUGGGUCUGGUGGUGUUGGCAGCCAUGACUGGCUUCUGUGCCUGCCUCUGCAGAAGCCUCAGCCCCACACUGGGCAUCGGAGUGCUUCACCUGCUGGCUGGCCUCUGCACCUUAGCCACAGUGUGCUGCUACCUGGCGGGGAUGGACCUGCUUCACAGAGUGUCGAUGCUGCCUGAUAAAGUAGAUGGCUCUCUUGGCUGGUCCCUCUACUUGGCGCUCAUUUCCUCACCGCUCCACAUGAUGGCCGCCGCGCUGCUGGUGUGGGCGGCACGCAGCCACAGUCAGAACUACUACCGCAUGACCGCCUACCGGGUUGCAUAGACUGAGAUUCAGCUCUGGAUCUCUGCCCUGUUUGAAUUCAUAACACACUCUGUCACCAAGAUGCAUUUUCUAAUGAUCUCAGAGGAAUGGGAUGUAGGUUAAUCUGCGCGUUUUGCCCUCUGAUGGAUUAAAGUGCAUGUACUCCGUAGUAAUGACCCUAUCUGCUGCAUUAAAAGAUUUGAUUUUUA